CCCUCAUUGAUGUUGGUGCUGCCGGGUGCGGAUGUGAGGUAGCUAGGAUGUUUGGAUUCACAGCAUCGUCGCACAUUUUGAUGUAAACAGAUGUUUGUGAAAAGAAGUGUCGACAUCUAUAAUUGUGGUGCCAGGAGAAACAAUUGACAUUUGCGUAAUUCUUAUUAAAAGUGGUUAGCGCUGCUAGCCAAACUGAAACCCGAGCAGAGGGACUGGCUAGUGACCAGCUGGUGACACUGGGCCAACUAGGUCCAAUGCAGUGAGCGUUGCCGUUAUCAGCCUUCUCUUCGGUCGCGGGCAUGCUGGUUCCAGGCUGAGGCUCUGUAAUGGUGGGAGACAGCGGCGUCUGUCAGUAACCGACAUUAACGAUAUUUAAUAACGACUAGUGUCUGCUCCGAGUAGCGACAUGAACACACCUCUCGGCAGGAGUGGUUUGAUCGGGCUUGCUGUUGGAGCUACUGCCAGUUUGGGUUUGAUUGCCCUCAUGAUUUACAGAGAGGUCAGUAAGAGAAGAUUCCAGAGACUGGUGCUGGAGGCCCGUCCAUCCCGCCGACUGUUUGACGGGGCUGGAGCAGAGCUGCUGCAGGAGACACUGGAAGCUCAGGAGGAGAAGGCUCAGCAGCAGGCUCUGGCAGCGGUGGAGGCAGUGGUACAGGGUUUGUCCCCAGAGCAACAACUAGAGCUCAGGAACCAGCUGGACCAGGUGCUGAGCUGCGUGGAUUCACUGCGCUCAGAGGUGGCUGAGCUGAGGGGCGGCCUGCAGGACAUCGCCGUGCAAAUCAUCCAGGAUGUCAAAAAGGGAGUGGAGGACAGUCAGCGAGUACGUAGGCGCCGUCAUGUUGUCCACAGAGACCGCAAUGAUUCCACCAGUUCCAGCUCCAUCUAUUUCACUGCCAGCCAGGGCAUGGCCAGCGCAUAUGAAGAGACCAGCGAAGGAGGUUACUCCACAGCAUAUGCUGAGUCAGACUACACAGACCGGGACACAGACAGAGAGGAGCAGGAGCCUGAGAAGGAGCCUGAGCAGGAGUCUGAGGAGGAUGAAGACGGGAGCUGUGCCACAGUCAUCACGCUCCGCCAGGAAGACUCCCAGGAAGAGGAGGUGGAUGAAUGUAGAGAGUUGGAGGAGGAGGAGGAGGAGGAAGAUGAUCAGGGUAGGUCGCAGCUGGUGACUGAAGUUCCCAGUGGGGAGCUGGCUCUCCUUCUGGCACAGAGUGACAUCCUCCACACAGGAGAUGCCAGUUUAAAGGCAGAGGGCUUUCGACUCCUGCUGGACAACAGAGCAGAGUAUGGAGACAACAGGGAGUUUCUAUGGAGACUGGCUCGGGCAUACAUUGAUGUGUAUGAGUCCACUGAGGACAAACAAAAGAAGAUGAUAUAUGCACAACAAGGUCGUAUGGAGGCAGAGCUGGCCCUGAAGAAGAAUGGCCUGAACGCUGAGUGUCACAAAUGGUUUGCUGUGCUGACAGGACUCUGCUCCCAGUAUGAGGGCAUGCAUGGCAAGCUGAAGAGCAGCCUCUUACUGAAAGAGCAUCUGGAACGUGCUAUCUUCCUCAGAGAUGAUGACCCCAUGUGUUUCUACCUGCUGGGUAGAUGGAGCUAUGAGGUAGCCACCCUGGACUGGAUUGAGAGGAAGGCGGCUGCUGCCCUCUACCACAGCCCCCCCAACUCCACACUGCAUGACGCCCUUGAGAACUUCCUCAAGGCAGAGGAACUCAGUCCAGGUUUCUCCAAGGCCGUGAGACUUUACAUUGCAAAGUGUCACAAGGAACUGGGAAACAUAUCGGAGGCCACAAACUGGACUCAGCUUGCUCUGAACAUGACCACGAACAGUGACAAUGAUGAAGAAACAUCCAAACUGGAAGCUCAACUUGUGGUCUUAACUGACAGAGCAACUUGAACAAUUAAUUUAGACUGAGGUCUACCAGAUGGAGCCUGGCUAGUCAGGCCACCCAUCUGUGAUCAAUCAGUCCGGUGGGCUUUACAAAAGGCACAUUCUUUUUCUUUCCCUUCAUUGGUGGAUAUCUUUGUUAUGCUGUCACUGUGAACUUAUAAAGUUUUUUGAUGUUGAUUUAUUUCCUGCUGACUUUAUUAUGCUUCAUUAAGUCAGUAUUAGUAAUUAAUAUUGAUUUUUGUGUACAUAUGGUACCUAUUCUGAUAAGUAUGUCUUUAUACCUAAAGGUCAUUGAGGGUCGUUUUAUUUUUCAGCACCAAAAUGUGAAUGCAACAGAAUUUGUUCACCCAGAUAAACAAAAAGACCAAGCUUAUAUUUAAACUUAGUGAUUCAUAGCCAUGCAGAUAUCUCAAGGACCAGACAAAUUAACCCAUUUGCACAGCUAGAUACCAGAGGUAAGGUCAUUUUAUUAUUAUUGUUCUUUAGUUACAUUCAAUUCAGUGUCAUAAUGCCACAGUGGAAGAAGAUUCCCACUAGUCAAACACUACAGUUUUCCACUACAGACACAGAAUAUUUAGUAAUAUGCGAUGGUAAAAUUAAUUGGAGGUAGGAGUUGUCUGGUUGUAUCCUAAUAUUUUUUUUACAUGAUUUCCUGAAGUGAAAGUACAGGUGCAGUAUUUAAUUAGGUCAUCAUCUAACAUCACUUUAAUAGUACUGUGUUUUCUAUUCCCUGGAAUUUACUUUUUUGAAAAUACAUGUGCUGUGAGUUAACAGGGGAUAUCAGAAGUGAUCCUUUUCACAGUUAAUGAAUGAAAAAUGUUGCAUGCAAUUCAGUGACACAGUGAUUACAUUUAAUAAACUUCUGUUUUCA